UCAUCACCGGAUGUUGAUACGAGCUUUCAGCAGCUUGGAGCACAGCGCGAGCGCAAACAGGAACAGCUGAAAAAGAACAACAAAGCCACGACGACGACCGCAUAAACAACAGAUGUUUGUCUAAACACACCUUAUAUAUCGCUGACAUUCUUCUAGGUGGAGACAUUUUCUGCCACUGGAACACAUUUGAGAAGUUCAGCUGCCAUCGACAGUCAACAGUCCUCAUGACAAGUGAGUCAGGAACAAGAAGUGCUUGAAGAGAUCAGUGAUUCAUUCAACGAGGAUCUAUUACAACAAGAUCAGGUUUAUUCACACCCACAAAUUUGACGAUGGGACGCAUCUUCUUGGACCACAUUGGAGGAACACGCCUCUUCUCCUGUGCCAACUGUGACACCAUCCUGACCAACAGGUCUGAACUCAUCUCAACGCGUUUCACAGGAGCCACAGGCAGAGCUUUCCUCUUUAACAAGGUGGUGAACCUGCAGUAUAGCGAGGUUCAGGACAGAGUGAUGCUGACAGGCAGACACAUGGUGAGGGAUGUCAGCUGCAAGAACUGCAACAGCAAGCUUGGUUGGAUCUAUGAGUUUGCCACUGAGGACAGUCAGCGGUACAAGGAAGGACGUGUCAUCCUGGAGAGGGCACUAGUGAGGGAGAGUGAAGGCUUUGAGGAGCAUGUUCCCUCUGAUAACUCAUGAGCCCUUAACUUUGGAUUGUUUCUUCCUCCUCUCCUUCUCCUUUAUCCCUUUGCCUCUGCGCUGCACACCUCCACCUGCAGACUUCGUGCUCGGUGAAGUUUUAGCUUCACCUGUCACCCCCUUUCCCUGCUCUGGCCUUGACCUCUGCUGAUUAGAUGAUUGGUUUGCUGGCCCUAUAGGCUUUCCCAAAACACCACCCUCAACCAGCUGGGAGCACAGACGGGGGGUUGUACCUUCAGUUGUUCGAGUGUUUGUACACAGUCACACAGAAUUUUUACACACCUCUGCACAAGGCAUGCUCCACACUUUUUUCUUAAAUGGUUAUUUAACACGUGCAUGGAAAUAGACAUGAUCACUUUGGUUGUUCUGUUUAAUCAGAUGACAGGCAGAAGAGCUGGGAGUGAGUAUCAUCCAGCCAAGCCUGCACAUCAUUCAAACUGAACUGUCACUAUGUAUAUUGCUUUAACGGGGCUUCUGCUUCUGUGUUGUUGUCUUUUUGUCAGUGUGUAUGUCACUGGUGAGCACUGAAUGCAAAUAAGACCACAGUAGUUCUUGCUAUAUCAGUUUCUUGUCAUUAGCUAGUAGCGUAAUGAUUGUAAUAGUAUUUAAAAUAUUUGUUACCAUCCAAAAGAUACCACGAGGACCGCACAGAUUGAUGUCAUAUAUAAGUAUUCAUUGUUGUGUUUGAUGAUGAUAGGAGUUCUGUUUAGAUCUGACUCACAUUUCUGUUUAUCGACAUGACUUGCUUGAAGUGUACAAGUGUCACAUUUAUGCAGUAUUUAGUGUGGAAGUGAUGUGCACUGUAGACAAUCAUACACUUCAGCUGAUAGUUUUGAUUCAGUUGUACCGCCCUCCAUCUAUGACUAUGGUUCUUUGAGCCUGUGUGGUUUGGUGUGUUGUGCAAAGUGUCACCAUGGUGACUUAUGAGGAGGAACAUUUACCUUCAAGCCAUGUCUCCAGUGUGACAAAGGAGGAAUGUGUGAGAUGUGAUGAAGAUGUUCUGUGGCUGCCUGUUGGCGUGAAAACAGGAUAAUGAGAGGAAGGCUUGUUGAUGGUUUGGAAGCAGCAGCACAAGGAGACAAAUAGAAAGCUAACAGCAGACAUUCACUUACUAGUUUCUCUUCAGUUAGUUACUCUGUAGUAAAAAGACAUUUAGAAUAUGUUAAAGCCAAGCCUUUGACAGUGCUUCAUUUAGCUAAAUAUGGUCGACUGAAAAAGAGUUAAACUGUUGGAAUAGUGGUGCAUCUUUUUUUUAGAAAUCCUUGGCUUUGGGCACUUUUAGUCAUAAGACAACUUUUAUUUUGACAGCAUAAAGCAAAGAAGCUUUAAUGGAGUCUUUGUCCUCUGACUAUGCCAGCAUCUCUGUUUUAUAUACUCAGUGCUGGGGUAAGAUUUAAAUCAAAAUGUCAAAAACGUACAAAAAAUAAAUCUCAAUCUGUGUGA